AUGGUUUGGGAUGUGCACCACCGGACGUACACCGCUUAUUUUUGUAAAAAAAAAGGAGCUAAAAUUAAUCAGGAUAUCUACAUAAAAGACAUUCUCGAGAAGAUACUAUCAUGGGCCAAGAAUCACUUCAAGGAUACGGUUUGGACUCUUCAACGAGAUGGAACACCAGCUCACAAAGGAAAGAGGACACAAGACUGGUGCCGUGAAAAUGUUCCGGACUUCAUUGCUGCUUCCGAUUGGCCAGCCAAUUCCCCCAACUGUAACCCGAUGGACUACUGCGUACGGUCUAUUUUAGAGAGCGAGGCUUGCGCUUCAAAACAAACCACAAUUGCUGCUCUCAAAGAAUCACUGAAGACAGCCUGGGAUAGAAUUCCUCAAGAAGCUCUGCGUGCCGCUAUAGAUGCGUCCCGAGGCGUCUACGAGCCAUAA